UUCUGUUUGUCAAACAUUUGCCUGAUGAAGGUCCAGGAUUUAUCUUUCAAUAUUUGCACUGGCAUGUUUGGAGCCUUCUUUUCUCCAGAUUUUGACUGUUGUGGCCUUCUUGCCCUGAAGCAUUUUGAGUGUGUUGAUCAAAAAUAUUCACCUCAAUUCAAUGUGCCUGGAAACAAAAGAGCAAGAACCAUUUGAGAUGCUUCUAGACACUGAGGAUAGAGCACAAAGAAGGAGAAAGAGGAAGACAAAGAGAGGAUAACUUGUCACAGGAAAGACUGAAAGGGAUAAUAGUGAUGGCCGAGGCACCUGAGCAGCAGCAGCAGCAGCAGCAGCAGGAGGAGGAGGAAGAGGAGCAGCCGAGCAAUGUGGAGGCGACGGAGGCUGAUGAAGGAUCUGAAGAACCAAAGGAGAGUGUCCAGACGACCCCGAACAGACCUCUGCUGUCCAUGAGGUCCAUCAGCACUGUGGACCCAGAUGACGACUCCCCAAACAUGAUUGUCUACAGAAAGACAUCGCACCAACCGGAUGAUCAAGUUGAACCUUCAUAGACACAUUUCCUCAAUGGUGAGCUGAAAGAAACAACCAGUUCCAGCACGUACAAGUGAGUUGUUGACUACUGAGUACAUUUUUGUGUUUCUCAUGUGCAUUCGCUCUAUGCCUGCAAUGGCUGUUGUGCCUUUCCUACAAGUGAUCCUGAAUUCGUGUCUUUCUUGAGUUCUUAAGAGUUGGACAACAGAAUAUUGUGGGAAGGACAAAAAUCAAACUCAUUCACUUGUUUUUGUCUCACGUGGGGAGUUUUUAUAGGCUAUUAGUCAUUCCUCAAAGGCUUUGCCUAACCUUAACCAUAACUGUGACACUCCUAACCUUACCCCUUACCUUUACCUAAACUUAAAACUAACCUUAAAACCAACAAUUGGCCUAGAAUGCAAGCGUUAACCUUGUGGGGACGAGCUUCGUGAAAUUUUUCUGAUGUAUGCCCUAGCCACUAACCUUAAAAAUCACAGCUACACGCGUAACUCCAACACUACCCCCAACCUUAAAAUAAACCUCACCGUAACCCUAUAGCCUCUUAAUUCUUAAACAACCCUUUAAAGUAAGUAAGGCUUGAAAGUCCCCAUUUUCCAAUAAUGUCCUCAAGACAAACACACACAGAGGAAAACUGUUAUCUUGUAGUUUUACAAUGCUAUAUUUGCUUUUGAAAUAUACCACAAGUGUACAAACACACAGACACAUAAUGAAGGUAACAGUUUUAAGUGUCACAUGUGGACAUUCUCUGUUAUGACAUAUACAGUAUAUCAUUUUAGUUCAUUGUUUUACUGAUGUAGCCUUAAUCAAUAAAUUUGGUGUAUUGAUUUCAGCUUUAUGAGUGUGUAUCUGAAACACUGUCACCUUUUUUACUGUACAAUUUUAUUAACUAGACUAAAUAAUUUUAUUGUGGUGUCAAAGGAUUAAAGAGAAUGUUUUAACCUUGCUUUGGCAUUUCAACGCUGAAAAGAAAUAAUGAAUGCAAAAGGAACAUUUUAAUAUAUUGAUAACGGGUACAAGAUAUACAGGAUGCGAAUGAUGAACUCAAUAUCUACAGUAACGUAUAUCAGGCUUUGGAAAUGUGUAUCUGUUGAAAGAGACUGCUGGCGCAGCAGGAAAUGCAAGACACCAACAGCCACAGUGGCAUUUAGGGACCGAAAGAGUGUAAAAAGGAAAUUGGGUUGAGAGAGAGAGAAUGAAAGACAUGGAGAUAAACAGGAAGAGGGAGGGAAAAACAAUAAUGAAAAGUGUAAAGAAGUGUAGGAGAAAGUGAAGAAAGGGGUAGAGAUAAAUAGAGAUGUAGUAAAGGAUGAAGAGAAAAAGUUAACAACUUACUUACUUACACACCAGAGAAGAAAAAUGUUUUAAGGUCAUGAUUUACUAUGUUGAAUGCAUAGUAUCUGUUUUGUUUAAGCAUCAAUAAAUCAUCAAAUCAGACUAAUUUUGAGAAAGAAACAAAACCGUCCCUGGAGGAAAAAAAAAUACUGUGAGCUAUGUGGGUUGUGGCUUUGUGCAGGCUGCUGCAUUUUUGUGAAAUGUAGAAAGGAAGCAAAAGAUGUGAGGAGGCUUCAGUUUUCAACAGGCUUUUAGUUACCCAAAACAUUCAUCCAUGUGUGAGAGGAGGCACACAUUGUGGACAAGUUGCAUGCUACCUAAAUCACCAUUUUUGAUUAAUUAGAAUGAAUUCUUUUUUAUAUAAUAUAAUUUGCAUUUUUAUAAUAUUUGCAUGCUCUUUAUGCAACCAAAAUGUUUACACUGAG